UCGACAUGCCCUGAGACUCCGCGUGUGUGCUUGGGCGCGCACUUGGAUGCCUGCCUGCAGCUUUGCCCCGUUCCCGCUGUGUUCAUGCGACCGGCGGCAUUGCACACCCGAAGGUAUCUCUGUGUGUGUGUGUGUGUGUGUGCAUGCACAUGAGAAGAGAGGAGUGAGGGGAGGCGAGACGGUCACGUUUAUAGGAAGUGCCAGAAGUCAAUGCAAAGUGUGAAAGCAAACUCUGACAUCUCUUGGACGGCUGCCAGUGGACAGACCACCUCGCAUAAUGCCAUCUUUUGAUGAGGUCUUGAAGGAAGCUGGGGAAUUUGGAAGAUUUCAGAAGAGGGUCUUUUUCCUCCUUUGCCAGACGGGCGUAACUUUUUCUUUCCUGUUUGCUAGUGUGGUUUUCCUUGGGCAGGCACCGGGCAACUACUGGUGCAGGAUCCCUGGGGCAGCUGAAUUAAGUGAACGAUGUGGAUGGACACUGGAAGAGGAACAAAACUUCACGGUACUGCCCCUACUCCUGGGGAAUGGGUCCUCCAGCGGGGAGUGCGAGAGGCUGGACAUUGCGUGGGACACCGCUGUCAGCUGUGCCAGCCCACUCACCCACUAUGGCAAUCACAGUGCGGGCAACCUGCCGCUCACCACAUGCCACGAUAACUGGGUGUAUGAAAAGCCCCAUUCAUCCAUAAUCAGCGAGUAUAACCUUGUGUGUGGCAACGCCUGGAUGCUGGACCUCUCACAGGCUAUCCUCAAUCUGGGGUUUCUGGCUGGUGCGUUCACCCUCGGCUAUGCUGCAGACAGAUAUGGCAGAAUCCUCAUCUACCUGCUCUCCUGUCUCGGGGUUGGGAUAUGUGGUAUCAUAGUGGCAUUCGCACCAAACUUUACUGUAUUUUUGAUCUUCCGUUUUCUCCAAGGCAUGUUUGGCAAGGGAACCUGGAUGACAUGCUAUGUGAUUGUGACAGAGAUGGUUGGUUCUGACCAGCGGAUUGUUGGGAUUGUGAUUCAGAUAUUCUUCACCCUGGGAAUUAUGAUCCUCCCUGGAAUUGCGUAUUUGGUUCCCACUUGGCAGGGGAUCCAGCUGGCCAUUUCACUGCCCAACUUCCUCUUCCUGCUCUACUACUGGGUGGUUCCUGAAUCUCCUCGUUGGCUCCUGACACGUAAAAAGGGAGAGAAGGCAUUAAAAAUCAUGCACAACAUUGCAAAACACAAUGGAAAAUAUCUCUCACCACAUUACUCAGAGAUCACUGUUAGCAAUGAGGAGGUCAGCAACCCCUCCUUUCUCGACCUGGUGAGGACUCCCCGGAUGAGGAGGAACACGCUUAUCCUGAUGUAUGCCUGGUUUGCAAGUGCCCUGAUCUACCAAGGGCUUGUCAUGCGCCUAGGAAUUGUUGGAGGAAACCUCUACCUAGAUUUCUUCAUCUCAGGAGCUGUGGAGCUGCCUGCUGCUCUUCUAAUUUUAGUGACAAUUGAUCGUAUUGGCCGGCGCCUUCCCUUUGCAAUAGGCAGCAUUGUGGCAGGAAUUGCAUGCCUCAUUACUGCCUUCUUGCCUGAAGAUAUCCCAUGGCUUAAAACAACAGUCGCCACGCUGGGAAGACUGGGCAUCACGAUGGCUUUCGAAAUAGUUUAUCUUGUGAACACUGAAUUGUAUCCAACAACACUGAGAAACUUUGGUGUUUCCCUGUGCUCGAGUUUGUGUGACCUAGGUGGGAUCAUAGCCCCAUUCCUGCUUUUCCGAUUAGCAGCCAUUUGGUUGGAGCUACCUCUAAUUAUUUUCAGUAUUCUCGCAGUUGUCUGCGGGCUCCUAGUGUUGCUUUUACCAGAGACAAAGGGAAUCUCCUUACCAGAGACAGUGGAGGAUGUGGAACAACUUUCAAGUCAUUUUGGUAAAUGUGGCAAGAAAUGGAAACACCGGGACACCAACUCUUAUAUUUGACCUUUGAAGGACAGCACUGAACAAAGAAACAUAUUCCCAUACUGGGAAUAUGUUCUCCAGCUGCCACCACUUCAAAAUUUGCUGCAAGUAUGGAUUAAACUCCAUGUUCUUCCUUGAAGCAUAAGGACAUUUAAAACAGAGUGCAUUUUUUUUUAUAAAUAUCGAAUAAAAUAUUUUUUUUUUCUGAGUAUGAUGUUUGCAGGAAGGGAGCACUCUGUGGUUCUUGGUAGAGAACAGAACAGAUUUAAAAACAUAGACUAUCCAGCUCAGUGAGCUCUUUAUAUAUUUCUUUAUAUAUUUAUAGAUUUCUUUAUAUAUUUGAGCCCUAUGUUUAUUUCUAUUGUUAGCAUGUACCUUUGGGUUUGAAACGGUACUGCUUGUUCAAGAUUUUGAUGAAUUUGAGGAGGAGAGGAUGAGUAUUUCAACCUGUUCUCCUUUGCCUCUGGAGAAUCUCGACAAAUAGAAGACCUGGUGGUGCAGGAAGGAGGGUGCUGAUUGGGGCAGCUCUUCCUCUGGUUGGGAGGGGUGGAAAUCAGAAGCAUGCAUCAGGAUACCUUUGCCCUGGUCUGAUCCUCUUCCCCAGCAAGCUUCUGCCACAAAGGCCCUGCUUCCCUCCCUCUUCAAAGGCUUUCUGAAGUGUGGCAGCAGUCCUCCUCCUCACCUUCCCAGACCUUUUUGUAGGUGUCACAUCCUAUGCAGGGCAUUAGCUCUGCAGGUCAGAUCGUCCUGCUGCCUAUUAGUACCUCCCCCAGACUCAGCUGGGGUUCAGGUGACACCCCCUUGUCCUGUUGCCUGGCCAGAAUUCCCCGUAUCUCUAAGGGAAGGGCUUCUUGCAAGCAGAUAGCAGGGACUGUCUGCCUUCCCUUUGAACUGUAUGACCUUCUUCAAGCACUGGGUCCUGGCCACUGACGGGUAAACAACAGACUUCUUACAGUAAAAGUCUUGAAAAUAUGUGGUGUUCAAAAGGUAUCCUGUUACCAACAGAGAAUUAAAUUAAAAAAAAGAAAGCCAGUGAGCUUUUGUAAAGUGCCUUAUAAGCUCAGAAAAUAACAUAUUUGGCAUAAGCAAAUAUAGGACUUUUUUGAAGGUUCAUAGCACAAAUGAGUGGUGCUAACACUACAUUCAGUGCUGCUGAAUGACUACUGCUUCAGUCUCACCAUUUUAAGAGCACAUACAGGCAGGUGCCUGCACAGGGGGAUUUCCUACGGUGUGGAGGAUACUGUGCAUAUCAGCAGUUCCCAACUCUCCCUGUUUUUCCCAGCAACUGCCCAUACCACCAACCCUGCUGGAGGAAAACAAGACCUUUACUAAUAAUCUCCAUCUAAUAUUUGCAUACUUUGAGCAGUUAGCGAUAAAGGGCUGUCUUUCAAGGCUCUUUCUAACUUCCUCUGAGGCAUAGUUAAAGGUCAAUGGGAUGUUUAGCAAAAGUCAGUAGUGAUUGAAAGAUAUGAAACUAAACAAGCAUCUCAUAUCUGUCUAACUGGCAAUAGCUAGAGGACAACACAGAACUGGAGCUACGGCUGCAGGGAGAAAACUCCUCCUGCACCAGUGUGGUCUGAAAAUAGCUGUAAGCUCCCUGGGGCUGGCUGGCUGGGACCAGCCCUGAACUGGAAGGUGUGGGCUUGCACUGUUCAGGUGCCCUGUCUCAGCACAGGGUGGGAGCAUGGGCGCUUGGCCCCAGAGCUCAGCCCUGACUUCCUUGCACCACAGUCACGGCCCUUGGAGAGGCAGGAUGAGGCAAUCAGAUGCAGUGAUGUAUGAGUUGAGCCUCUCUCUUCUUUCUAAUAUUCCUUCUUUUUGAAAUUUAAUUUUUUAAAAUUGAUUUAUUUAGUUGGUCUGAGAAGGACUAUGGAGGUCAUUUAAAGCUACAGCUUGCCAAAGAAAUGUCAAUAUUAGUUUCCAGCUGCUUCUGUUUGUGGACAACUACAAUGUGUUGAGAAGUGAGAGACUCAAAACUUGUUUCUGACCUUUCAGACUGUUCUUUGUUUUGCAUAGCAUCAUAUGUUCCUCAGAAGAGAAUAUAAGUGAAAUAUUUCAGUAUGCAAAAUAGCUAGGAGCAGUGUCAGACGUUUAGAUGCAUUUAUUUUCUGAAAAUUCCUAUGUAAAGAACAGGAGGAAAAAACCUGUGUAUGUGUUCUGACUUCUAAUAUAAUAGUACUUAACAACUUCAGGUAGAGUUUAUAUUUCAUAAAGGCUCCUGUGCUAUCUCUUACCCCAAAUAGUUGUAAAAUGGAAAAUCCUCCCAUCUUCCGUGAGACUUUGGGUUGCCUCGUGAAGGUUGCGAAAUGGGUUUGGUGAUAGGGAUUACACUGUUGUGGUGAGAGAGGACAGACAAGGUGCUGGAAGCAGAGGGAGAACUUCAGCAAGGGAGAAGCCUGGGGGAAACCAUGCAGGGUUGUGCAGACCACUGGACAGGCUGCUUGUUUAAAAGAAUUAUUAUAAAUUCAUAUGUACCUCAAACCACUUAAUACAUUGAGCCUUACAGGAGAGUCCCACAAACUUCUCAGGUGACGAAGCAGUUCUUCUAAACUGCAUGGGUUGAUAUUAAAAAGGCUGUUGUGACCCACCUCAGUGAGAGGCAUCUCUUCAGGAGGUGACAGACACCGACAGCUUUAGUUGUCUUGCAUGAGUUAUAAUUCAGAGGCUUAGUGAGAGAUGUGAUGUGCAUAGCGGACAAAGGAUCACCUUACUACCCCCAAAGCCACACGUUCAACAUGACCCUAGAAACUCAGAAGCUGUGUUCUUCCUGCCUACAAAGAGAUUUCCCAGACCAACAAAUGAGCAAAUGUGCUGCUGCCUCCAAAUUUGCCUUGUUACUUCAUCUAGUCUGUGAAAGUGAUUAGUGUUAAGUGGCAGUUUUUACUGCCACUGCCACUCUUGCAGAAGGAAAA